GCCGGAGGCAGGAAUGUGCCUGGGUACUUAUGAGCGACGUGCACCGGCGCGCACGGCCCGCCACCGCUGCGGCUGCCGCGGCCGCCGGCGGCCGGUUGUCAGGUGAAGUCUUUGGACUUUUUCAAAGACGAUGGUAAUCAGAUCUACUUGAAAGAUUAAGUGAAUUGAUUUGGUUGGAAUACUCUUUUACCAAUUCUGUAACAUUCAGCCGCUAGAUGCCCAGAAGUUGUGCAUGAGCUCCUGUGGGGAGAACUGGCAUCUUGGAGAGCAAAGACGGUUGUGAUGCAGUUUUUUGAUAUGAGGAUAAAAGGAGGCGUCAGGACAAUCAUGCCCAUGAGAACUUUAAAUUGUUCAGGUCAUUGUAUCUUUGUGAAACUGGCAAUUGAACUUUGCUCUAGUUGAUGGGUGAAAUUUCUUCUAGACCUUUCAUCAUCCCAAUUUUGUCCUACUCAGAAAUACUCAAAUACCAUAAAAAAUCUUCAUAGAUUUGCACUUAGCCUUCAGAUGGACACUUCUAUAAUGGAGAGAACUGUGUUAUAGCCCUGGUGGAAGGACAUUAUCAUCUAAUGCCCGUAGACUGCGGUGAGGGUGUGGAAGGUUCCAAAGAGAAAGAAAAAUCGAGUUUGCAGACAUCCGGGAACAUGGAAGCAACCAAGCUUUAAUAAAGCACAGCUUUGGAGAAACUCCAUGAGUCUGCACAGCUUUCACGUGAACUAGCACUUAAGACCUUGUGUAACAAAAUGGACACUGGGGACACAGCUAUAGGACAAAACGCUACCUCAAGGUCUGGAGAAACUGAUAAAGCAUCAGGUAGAUGGAGACAGGAGCAAUCCGCUAUUAUUAAGAUGAGCACUUUUGGCAGUCAAGAAGGACAGCGGCAACCACAAAUAGAUCCUGAGCAAAUCGGAAACACAGCAUCAGCACAACUGUUUGGUUCUGGGAAACUGGCUUCACCCAGUGAAGUGGCCCAGCAGGUCCCAGAGAAGCAAUAUCCACCGCACCGCCCGAGUCCUUAUUCAUGCCAACACUCACUCCCUUUUCCUCAGCACUCAUUGCCACAGACGGUCAUGCACAGCAACAAGCCCCAUCAGAGCCUGGAAGGCCCUCCGUGGCUGUUUCCUGGCCAUUUGCAGUCUGUUGCCUCCGAGGACUUAUUUCCUUUUCCCAUACCUGGUCACAGUGGUGGUUAUCCUAGGAAAAAGAUUUCAAGUCUGAACGCUGCUUACAGCCAAUACUCCCAGAAAAGUAUCGACCAGUCUGAAGAUGCUCACAAAAAAGAGCACAAACCCAAAAAGCCCGGCAAGUACAUUUGCCCUUACUGCAGCAGGGCAUGUGCCAAACCAAGUGUACUGAAAAAGCAUAUCAGGUCCCAUACUGGGGAGCGGCCAUAUCCAUGUAUACCUUGUGGUUUCUCCUUCAAGACAAAAAGCAAUUUGUACAAGCACAGGAAGUCCCAUGCCCAUGCAAUUAAGGCAGGGUUAGUACCUUUCACAGAGUCAGCUGUAUCUAAAUUGGACCUAGAGGCUGGUUUUAUUGAUGUAGAAGCAGAAAUACACUCAGAUGGUGAACAGAGCACAGACACAGAUGAGGAGAGUUCAUUAUUUGUUGAGACUUCUGACAAAAUGAGCCCUGGCCCACCAAUCCCGUUGGAUAUUGCUAGCAGAGGCAGCUAUCAUGGGUCGUUGGAAGAGUCUUUGGGAGGUCCAAUAAAGGUGCCGAUUCUUAUUAUCCCCAAAAGUGGGAUUCCAUUGCCUAAUGAAAGCUCUCAGUAUAUUGGCUCCGAUAUGCUACCAAAUCCAUCUUUAAAUGCUAAAGCUGAUGACUCUCACACAGUUAAACAGAAACUUGCACUAAGACUGUCAGAGAAAAAAGGACAGGAUUCUGAGCCAUCUCUAAACCUUCUGAGCCCGCACAGUAAAGGAAGCACUGAUUCUGGUUACUUCUCUCGCUCAGAAAGUGCAGAGCAGCAAAUAAGCCCUCCAAACACAAAUGCAAAGUCUUAUGAAGAAAUCAUCUUUGGAAAAUACUGUCGGCUUAGUCCAAGAAACAUACUCAGUGUUACAGCCACAAGUCAGGAGAGCACCACAAUGGGUAGGAAGGGCAUAAUGGAAUCAUUACCUCACACCAAUGCCAGGUUAGAUGUCAAGAUGUUGGAAGAUCCUGUAUCACAACUGAUCCCGGGCAAAGGAGGCAUUGACCCCAGUCAAACAGGCAUGCUAAAAUCCAGUAAGUUCAACAGUGAGUCCAGACAAUCCCAGCCAAUCGUGUCCUCCAUCAGGAAUGAAGGAAAACUCUAUUCACCAAAUUUCCAAGGCAGCAAUUCAAUCCUCUUAGAAGCUCCUGUAGACUCCUCGCCCCUCAUUAGAAGCAACUCAAUGCCAACUUCUUCAGCAACUAAUUUAAGCAUCCCCCCUUCUUUGAGAGGAAGCCACUCCUUUGAUGAAAGAAUGACUGGUUCAGAUGAUGUGUUCUAUCCAGGGACCGUGGGGAUACCCCCUCAGCGCAUGUUAAGAAGACAAGCAGCAUUUGAGCUGCCUUCGGUACAGGAGGGCCAUGUGGAGAUAGAGCAUCAUGUCAGAAUGUCCAAAGGUAUCACAGGUUCAUCCCUGAAGGAGAAAAAGUUAAUUCCUGGGGAUAGGGUUGGGUAUGACUAUGAUGUAUAUCAGAAGCCCUAUAAGAAGUGGGAAGACUCUGAAACACCUAAGCAAAGCUACAGGGACAGUUCCUGCUUAAGUUCUUUAAAACAUGGUGGAGAAUAUUUUAUGGAUCCCUCGGUGCCAUUGCAGGGAAUGCCAACCAUGUUUGGAACUACUUGUGAAAAUAGAAAACGCCGCAAAGAAAAGAGCGUAGGUGAUGAGGAGGACACCCCCAUGAUUUGCAGCAGUGUUGUGAGCACUCCCAUGGGCGGAAUGACUUCAGAUUAUGACCCCAAAGUGCAGAUGCAGGAAGGAGUAAGGAGUGGAUUUGCCAUGGUUGGACAUGAGAACCCUUCUCAUGGUCACUCUGAACGCUUUGACCCAUGUCGACCCCAACUGCAGUCUGGAAGUCCAUCUCUUGGGUCGGAGGAAUCACCCUUAGCCACUGAUUCAGACAAGGUGUCAGACCUAGGGGGCAGGAAACCCCCUGGAAAUGUGAUAUCUGUGAUUCAGCACACAAACUCACUGAGCCGACCUAAUUCAUUUGAAAGGUCUGAAUCUGCCGAACUCGUAGCUUGCGCACAAGACAAAGCCUCUUCACCUUCUGAGACUUGUGAAAGUGAGAUUUCAGAAGCCCCAGUGAGUCCAGAGUGGGCCGCACAGGGGGACAGUGCCGAAAGUGGAGGAAAGCCGUCCCCUUCUCAGCAGGUGCAGCAGCAGUCCUAUCAUGCACAACCCAGGUUGGUUCGCCAGCACAACAUUCAAGUCCCUGAGAUCCGUGUAACAGAAGAGCCUGAUAAACCCGAGAAGGAGAAAGAAGCACAGAGUAAGGAGCCGGAAAAGCCUGUGGAGGAAUUCCAGUGGCCCCAGAGGAGUGAGACCCUUUCCCAACUCCCAGCCGAGAAGUUGCCCCCUAAAAAGAAGCGUUUGCGACUUGCAGAUAUGGAACACUCGUCUGGGGAGUCCAGCUUUGAGUCUACAGGAACCGGCCUCUCUCGCAGCCCCAGUCAGGAAAGCAACUUAUCCCACUGCUCCAGCUUUUCAAUGUCCUUUGAAAGAGAAGAAACUGUUAAGCUUGCUGCACCUCCGAGGCAAGAUGAGUUUGGGAAGCAUUCCGAGUUUCUGACCGUUCCAGCUGGCUCAUACUCAUUGUCUGUCCCCGGUCAUCACCACCAGAAAGAGAUGCGACGUUGCUCAUCUGAGCAGAUGCCUUGUCCUCACCCCACAGAAAUCCCUGAAAUUCGGAGCAAAUCAUUUGAUUAUGGAAACCUGUCUCAUGCUCCCGUGGCAGGAACAUCUGCCUCGACGUUAUCGCCAUCACGAGAGAGGAAGAAAUGCUUUUUGGUUCGGCAGGCUUCCUUCAGCGGUUCCCCAGAGAUUGCCCAGGGGGAAGCCGGUGGGGAUCAGGGUGUGAAGCAGGAGCACGUGGAGCACCUGCAUGCCGGUCUCAGGUCCGUGUGGCACCAUGGCCCGUCUGCGGUGCUUCCUCCCCUGCAAGCAGAUGACCCUGGGAAGCAGGUUGUGGGGCCUUGUGCCCAGAUGAAUCCUGGGUCCCUCCACUUGGCCCAACCACAGAUCAUGCACAUGGACAGUCAGGAAUCUUUGAGAAGCCCCUUGAUACAACCCACGUCUUAUAUUGCCAGCAAGCACUUAUCUGAACAGCCACAUUUAUUUCCACAUCCAGAGACGAUUCCAUUUUCUCCAAUUCAGAAUGCCCUGUUUCAGUUUCAGUAUCCUACUGUCUGUAUGGUUCACUUGCCAGCUCAGCAGCCUCCCUGGUGGCAGGCCCAUUUCCCACCUCCCUUUUCUCCACACCCUCAGAAGAGCUAUGGUAAGCCUUCUUUCCAGUCAGAAAUUCAUUCUAGCUACCCCCUAGAGCACGUUUCAGAGCACACUGGAAAGAAAUCUGCUAAUUAUGCACAUGCGAAAGAGCAAACUUACCCAUGCUAUUCAGGAACUUCAGGGCUGCACUCAAAGAGCCUUCUUCCAAAGUUACCCUCAGACUCGAGCACUAAGUCAGUGGAUACUCCCUCCGAGCAGCUUUUCCAAGAAGAUUUUGCCUCCGCAAACACUGGGCCUUUACAGUCCUUACCAGGAACAGUGGUUCCUGUUAGGAUCCAGACCCAUGUCCCAUCAUAUGGGAGUGUCAUGUACACAAGCAUUUCUCAGAUACUUGGGCAGAACAGCCCUGCGAUUGUCAUAUGCAAAGUUGACGAGAAUAUGACACAAAGAACACUGGUAACCAACGCAGCCAUGCAAGGGAUAGAGUUUAACAUCGCCCAGGUGUUAGAGCAGCAUGCAGGCUUGGAAAAAUACCCUAUUUGGAAAGUACCUCAGACCUUACCCCUUGGCUUAGAAGCCACAAUCCCAUUAUGUUUACCUUCCACAUCUGAUAGCUCUGCUACCCUUGGAGGUAGCAAGCGUAUGCUUUCUCCAGCCAGUAGUUUGGAACUGUUCAUGGAAACAAAGCAGCAGAAAAGGGUGAAAGAGGAAAAGAUGUAUGGACAGAUUGUUGAGGAGCUCAGCGCUGUGGAGCUAACCAACUCCGACAUCAAAAAGGAUCUCUCCCGCCCACAGAAGCCCCAGUUGGUGAGGCAAGGCUGUGCUUCUGAGCCAAAGGAUGGCUCACAGUCCGGCUCAUCUUCCUUCUCCUCACUGUCGCCUUCCUCAUCUCAAGACCACCCGUCUGCCAGCAUGCCCUCAAGGGAGCCAUUCCCACCCAGCAGGGAGAUGCUUUCUGGUUCUAGGGCACCACCUCCGGGGCAGAGGUUCAGUGGGCCUUCGGAAAGCAAAGAGUCAUCAGAUGAGCUAGAUAUUGAUGAGACGGCAUCUGACAUGAGCAUGAGCCCACAGAGUUCAUCAUUGCCUCCGGGGGACAGUCAGCCCGAAGGGCCAACUAAGGGCCACAAGAUGCCUGUUGGCAUGCUGGUCCAGAUGGCAUCUGGCCCAAGUGGGAAAGUGGCAAACUCAACGUUUCUUUUAACAGACGUGUCAGAUUUCCAGCAAAUUCUUCAGUUCCCUAGUCUGCGGACGACAACUACUGUGAGUUGGUGCUUCUUGAAUUAUACAAAACCCAAUUAUGUGCAACAGGCCACCUUCAAAUCCUCAGUUUAUGCUUCAUGGUGCAUUAGUUCCUGUAACCCAAACCCAUCAGGAUUGAACACCAAGACCACUCUGGCUCUUCUGAGGUCCAAGCAAAAAAUUACCGCAGAAAUUUAUACUCUGGCUGCUAUGCAUAGACCUGGAACUGGCAAGCUUACAUCAUCUAGUGCUUGGAAACAGUUUGCUCAGAUGAAACCUGAUGCGCCAUUUUUAUUUGGCAGCAAACUGGAAAGGAAACUAGUGGGAAACAUCUUAAAGGAAAGAGGGAAAGGAGAUAAUCAUGGAGAUAAAGAUAUUGGAUCCAAACAAACUGAGCCAAUCCGAAUCAAAAUUUUUGAAGGAGGGUACAAAUCCAAUGAAGACUAUGUAUAUGUUAGAGGACGUGGGCGUGGAAAAUACAUUUGUGAGGAAUGUGGGAUCCGCUGUAAAAAACCAAGCAUGCUCAAGAAACAUAUCCGCACUCAUACUGAUGUACGGCCUUAUGUAUGCAAAUUAUGUAACUUCGCCUUCAAAACAAAAGGAAACCUAACGAAGCAUAUGAAAUCUAAAGCACACAUGAAAAAAUGCCUGGAGUUGGGAGUCUCAAUGACAUCAGUGGAUGAUACAGAAACUGAGGAAACAGAAAAUAUGGAAGAUUUGCACAAAGUAACUGAGAAGAAUAGUAUGUCCAGCAUUUCAACUGAUCAUCAGUUCUCAGAUGCCGAGGAAUCAGAUGGUGAGGAUGGAGAUGAUAAUGACGACGAUGAUGAAGAUGAUGAUGACUUUGAUGACCAGGGAGAUUUGACACCUAAAACAAGAUCGAGAAGCACCAGUCCCCAGCCUCCUAGGUUCUCCUCCUUGCCUGUGAAUGUUGGCGCUGUACCCCAUGGGGUGCCUUCAGAUGGUUCCCUGGGACAUUCCUCAUUGAUCAGUUAUUUGGUUACUUUGCCGAGUAUUCAGGUUACUCAGCUUAUGACACCAAGUGACUCAUGUGAAGAUACCCAGAUGACAGAAUACCAGAGGUUAUUCCAGAGCAAAAGUACAGACUCGGAACCAGACAAGGACAGGUUAGACAUACCAAGCUGUAUGGAAGAAGAUUAUAUGCUGUCUUCAGAGCCUAGCUCCUCCCCGAGGGAUUUCUCACCCUCAAGCCGUCAUUCUUCACCAGGAUAUGAUUCGUCACCCUGUCAAGAUAAUUCACCAAAGAGGUAUCUGAUACCCAAAGGAGAUUUAUCACCCAGAAGACAUUUGUCACCUAGGAGAGAUGUGUCACCCAUGAGGCAUCUUUCACCAAGAAAGGAAGCUGCAUUGAGAAGAGAGAUGUCACAAAGAGAUGUUUCCCCAAGAAGACAUUUGUCCCCAAGGAGGCCACUGUCACCUGGGAAAGAUAUCAGUGCAAGAAGAGACCUAUCUCCCAGAAGAGAGAGAAGAUACAUGACCACCAUAAGAGCGCCAUCACCCAGAAGGGCUUUAUACCAUAAUGCGCCAUUGUCCAUGGGGCAGUAUUUGCAAGCAGAGCCAAUUGUAUUGGGGCCUCCUAAUUUAAGAAGAGGAUUACCUCAGGUUCCUUACUUCAGUCUCUAUGGAGACCAAGAAGGUGCUUAUGAACAUCAAGGCUCCAGCCUUUUCCCUGAGGGUCCUAAUGACUAUGUCUUCAGUCAUCUUCCACUCCACUCUCAGCAACAAGUGCGAGCUCCUAUCCCCAUGGUGCCAGUUGGUGGGAUCCAAAUGGUUCACUCCAUGCCACCGGCCCUUUCUGGUUUACAUCCUCCACCCACAUUGCCUCUGCCAGUGGAGGGCUCUGAGGAGAAGAAAGGGGCUUCAGGGGAGUCCUUCGCUAAGGAUCCCUAUGUUCUUUCUAAGCAGCAUGAGAAGCGAUCGCCUCACCUCUUGCAGUCAUCUGGUCCACCUAGCACUCCCUCCUCUCCUCUGCUACUGAUGAAACAGAGCACUUCAGAAGAUAGCCUAAAUGCAACAGAGAGAGAACAGGAGGAAAAUAUCCAGACUUGUACAAAAGCCAUUGCCUCUCUCCGGAUUGCCACAGAAGAGGCCGCUCUGCUUGGGACGGACCAGCCAGCGCGGGUACAGGAGUCCCAACAGAAACCCUCGGAAAGUGCUCACGCUGGUAUUACACACUUUAGUGGGCCUGAGCCAGGUCAGUCCUGCACCUCGGCGACCCACCCUGACUUGCAUGAUGGGGAAAAGGACAAUUUUGGUACAACACAGACCGCAUUAGCUCAUUCCACGUUUUACAGCAAGAGUUGUGUGGAUGACAAACAGUUGGGCUUUGAGGGCAGCAAUGAAUUCUCUUCAAGCACAGAGGAAGGCAAUGAACCUUCAUCAGAAAAGAGUAAACUACAUUGAUCUAAGAUGCAUGGAGACUUUCAUUUACACAUUUUCCCAUUUUUUUUUUUUUUUUUUGUUUUCGUUUUUCUAGGAGUAGAGGUAAUCAAGUUGAUAGCAUGCCUGUCCUAAGUUACAGUAGUUUGCUCUUAUAUAUACUUUUGUUAUAUCAAAAGAAUUAGAUAAAAGAACAAGUCAUCAUGAGCCUGACCAAAACAAAAUUUGAAAUUAACCUAUUGGGUCUGGUACUUUUAAAAUUGUACAGAUGUUUGUGCCUUUUCUUUACUUUGCUUAUAUUCUUAUAAGCAUUUUUUAGCAGUAAUUUGUACAUAUUUUAGAAUUUGUGUAUCUGCUUUGUAAUAAAUGUAAUUUCUUUCCAUUUUUGGACACUUGGAUCUAAAUGAUGUAAAGCAAAACCGCAUCAAUAUAUAUGUGAGGUUGCACUAAAACAUAUUUUUAUAUGAUUAAAACUGAACAGCUUUUAUGUACAGCUCUGAUUCUGUAAUACUAAUAUUUAUUUACUUUGUUUCAUAAAUUGUACAUUUUUUCUUAAUGUUGUGGAUUGCUUUUCUAUGUGAAGCAUGGGACUUACUGUUGCGUAACUAGAACAAAAAUGUAUAUUGUAAACAAGAUAUUUAAACUAGAGUAUCUUAUUCUGCACUUAUGCAUUAGUUUAAAAGAAAAAGAUAAAGGAUGUAUCAGUCAGUUCUUAACUCUUGUAAAUUUUUUUGUCUCUUGUUUGCUGGAUUGACUAUAACUUAAGUGCUGAUUGUGAUUUUAAACUGAUAGUACCGUAAAGCAUUAAAGUAAACAAUGUGCUAUUGUGAGUUUUUUCAAAGCUUUAUAAAUCAGUUAUAAAUAAUAUUAAAAGUAUUUGGUCUUAUGUGAACAUGUUGAUCUAUAUACUCAUCUAAAAAUAUGGGAAAACAUUCCGCCCCAUGUAAAUAUGUACAAGUGCAUCACUGGUACAAUUUUAUGUAACUCAGUUGGACACUAGGUUGCCACAGACCUAUGCUAGAGUGUCUUUAAAAAUUAAAGUGACAAAGCACAUGGGACUGUGUAAAGCUUGGUUAUUGGCCGGCCCGGUGGCUUGGCAGGCAGUGCUGUGCGCUGCCCAUGGAGAAGACCUGGGCUUAGAAAUCUGCUUGGUUCUAGUUCCUGCUGCACAGGAUGGUGACUGGAGCUGAGGCUACUACAGAGGGGUUGCGCUUGGACUCUGAGGGUGGGGUGUGGAAGCAGGGACGGGAUGGAGACCUGCUCACCAGCGCUUCCUGUCAGCCAGUCUACACGGUAACAGGGUUGACAUCAGCUUUAGGGGAAGCCACUUUAUCCUUCUGAAUGGGGAAGAGUGUCACACUCCUGGCUACCUCAGGGGGCAAGGGGAAAAGAAGCUUUGAAGGGAAAGGAACUUGUGGGAGGAUGACGUAUUCUGUACACAACGCUCAGAAUGGCACUUGGUUGGGGUCUGAAGGUGAGGGAGCUGUUGUUGGAGGUCCUGGAGAGUGGAAUAGAGGGAAGGGGUGCCACACAUGUGCACGUGCACGCACAUGUGUGUGCACGCAUGCAUACACAACCUGGGUUAUCAUUGUGCUAAAUAGUGGAUUAUUCUGUGAAACCAAGUUUGUAUAUUGAAUUACAUUAAGGAGUGUUCUUUAAAAAAGAGAAAUAAAUAUACAAUUACAUGCUUGA